UCGGGUGUUACUGUAUCCAUCUCCCCAACAUCACCCGCUUUCGUCUUUCUUGGUUUCCUCGACGUCACCUGUUUCAUUUCUCAACGAGAUAAUAAAACCAGUAACACCUCCAUGAACUCGAUAAUUCACGCGCAACCUAUCUCCCUCAUGCGUCUACACGCCACCAGCUCCUCCACUUCAGCUUCCUCACGUCAUCCGCAGCUGUGGCUGUUAUCCUCUCGCUCCUGCUGUGUACCAAUCCCCCUCUCCGCCUCGUCAUUCGCCGCAGCCUCCGAUCGAAUUCUGCAGCCGUGGAGGCCUUUUCCAAUUGCCGCAAGCGCCACAGUGAUGGACAAUUCUGUAUCGCCAAGAAGUGGAGUGUAUACGGUUGGUGAUUUUAUGACAAGGAAAGAGGAUUUGCGCGUGGUAAAAGCUACUACCACUGUAGAUGAGGCUCUUGAAACUCUUGUGGAAUACAGAAUCACUGGUUUUCCUGUGAUAGAUGAUAACUGGAAAUUGGUUGGUCUUGUAUCAGACUAUGAUUUAUUAGCUUUGGACUCCAUCUCAGGUAGAAGAAGUGAUAAUGACAUGUUUCCCGAAGUGGACAGUACGUGGAAAACUUUUAAUGAAGUGCAAAAGUUGCUCAGUAAAACCAAUGGAAAGUUGGUUGGUGAAGUGAUGACUCCUGCCCCCCUUGUGGUUCGUGAAACCACCAAUCUGGAGGAUGCUGCAAGAUUAUUACUUGAGACAAAAUAUCGUCGACUCCCAGUUGUAGAUGCUGAUGGUAAACUGGUUGGAAUUAUAACACGAGGAAAUGUAGUAAGAGCUGCCCUUCAAAUAAAACGUGAUUAUGAAAAUAAAGCAUAGAGUAUCCAGGUAGUAUUAUUUAUGGAACUUAAUGCAAUCCAACAUGGUAAGCUGGAUCUCUUCUGCAAUAUUGAGGUAAAUCAAAGAAUACGUUGAAAGCCCCUAUGUGCUUAUAUGUCAAAUUUUGGCUUAUGCUUGUAUAACACAUUAUUGAUAGUGGUCUUGGACCUCUUGGUAUAGUUAUAGUCAUAAAGUAGCUCGGGACUAUUUGGCAUUCUU